UCCUGCACUGCAGGGAAAGGCAGGAAGAGAUCACAAAGCAUCACAGCCCAAACAUGCUGAAAACACAGACAUGGUGUAACAUGUACAGGCCCAGCUCCACUCAGGGCCCUGGAGGGGUGCAUGGGUUUCAUCUGCUCCAUCUGUAGAAGUUCCAGUGACUCAGUCUCUGUAACAGAUUCCAACAAUCUGAUUCUACCCAAUCACCAAAGCCUUUCAGUGGCAGAGUUAAGCAAUAGUUGUGUGAAUGCUGAACAAAUUGAAGAGAACAGGAAGUCUCUCACAUUUGGGAGUGACUUGGGAUAAGCUGCAGUGACCAGCCUGGGAUCCUCCUGCACAGACUGGGUCUAAGGACUGGGUCUAACGGUGCUUCUGCCACAGGGGUUGCUUCAGGGAGACACCCCCUCUCCCAUUAGCAAGGCACAAAUCCACUUGGCUUGGCUGCAAAAUUUAAUCCACACAGAGCAGAAUGUUUAAAAAAGUCACCAGAUACAUUGCAAAUCAAGUGGAUCCAAACCAAGAAUGGCUCCCUGUGGAGAGCAUCGCAGACCACGAGCACUUCAGACCCUUCUGUCUUCUGAUAAAAACAAUAAAACAAAAUACCAUAUUCCACUCACGUUACUACUGCCAGUGCACAAGGUUUAGACUGGACGAUGUGCUGCUGCCUGAAGAAGAUGGGAAAAGCACAGAGUCCCUCCUUCCCUCGGGAGAUGGUCCAGAUUCCAGCCAAUUUGGUCUCACAAAGGUCACUGCUGACAAAGUCAAGGCGGAUAUCAGCGUUGGCGUUGAUCCUGCAAGUGUGGAGCUGAAGGGAAGUGGCUCCUUGUCCCAGGAGUUUUCCAUCAAGAUGCAGAAGAAGGCCAUAGAAAUGAACUCAGUGGAGACAAUGAUAAAAAAUAGAAAAAUCAACAUGGGUCACUCCUUCAUCCAACAGCUCCUGAGCACAGAGUUCGAUUUAUACAUGGUUUAUGAAACCCUGGAAGCCUCGGAGGAGACCGUCUACAGGGAGUCCAGCAAGGCACAGGGAGGCUUCCUAGCCAUGAUUUACGCCAAGUUCUUUGGAGAGGCCUCCACAGAGAACAUGGAAAGCAUAGUCAUACCCAAGGGCUGCACCCUGGCCUUCAGGGCCAUCCAGAUUAACAUUAACAAAGGAGAAAGGGGACUGUGUAUUCCCAGAUACUCGUUUGCUGCAGGUGGACGUGGCAAAGACGAUGUUCAGCCAAUUAUUUUUCUGCCUGCACGUGUAGGACUUUUACUUCAUUUGGGUAUCUCAAAUUUUAGUCCAGCAGCCGCAGUGGACACAGAAGUUAAACAAUACUGUGGCAUUUUCUCUGAGUUGCCUCCUGACCUGCAGACCACGCUCUUAAACACCAUCAGAGCUGUGAUGAAAGACAGGAACCUCUUUCAGGAGCUCAGCCAGAAGAUGGAAGGAGUUCUUGAGAAAACUGAUGGUUAUGAGCUGAAAACUGAAAGCCCAGACUUAAAAGACCUGUUGAGCACCUUGGAGAAUUCUCCAAGAGAUCGUCGUCUUCGGCUGGCAAAGGGAAUAACCUACACCCUCGAUGCUUUGGCUGAGCUACUGGACAAUCAGCUGGCGCUGCUGCUGGAAUCCUUGGAAAGGAAGAUUGUGUCCCAACAGCUGCAGCUGGUUGGAAAACUCCUGGAGCACAAUCUGAGGACGGUGGCUACACCUUUCCAUGUGGAUGCCAGCCUGCUCUCCUUCCCACAGCAGGAGGAUGAUCAGACCUUAACCAUGGCCCUGGUGGAGAUGAGCAGAGUGAAGCUCCAGAAAGAUGGAUUAGCUGAGCCCAUGGAAAAGCCCUAUGAGGUCGUGGCCGCCCUGUACGUGGCCCUGUACGCCCUCAACCUCUUCAAUGGGGACCUGCCCCUGUCCAGGCAAUCCUUCCCCACAGUGUGGGAAAUUCUAUACCCAUGAGCCACUUCUCUCCCCCAGUUUCAUCCUUGUUAAUGCUCAAGGCUGCUUUGGCUGGGAAAAGCAAACUUAAGGCAGGAAAACUCAUUAUGGAUCCAGAAGGCUGGAUAUCAAAGUGGAUGUCUCUGGCUGUCCCCCAUUGAAAGCAGAGGGACAACCAGAAAAUCCACAAGCCCAAAUAAUCACAGGCCUGGCAGCUGUGCCUCAUGUUAUCCUGCUUCCCUAAAAACGCUGCUGCUUCUGCAACCAAUGAAUGGGAAAGGGAAAGGCAAGGGAAUGGGAAAGGGAAAAGGAAUGCAAAGGGAAAGGAAGGGAAAUGCAAAGGGAAAAGGGGGGAAAAUGCAAUGGAAACAAAAGCCAAAGGAAAAGACCUGCAGGGGGACCACUUACCUUUGUCCCCCUGGGGGUCCUGAGGGGCUCCAUGAGCUGCUGGUGGCACAAAGGUGGGGGGAUCCCAGGGCUUUCACCCACCCUUCCCUGCUCCCAGCACUGCCAUCGCCCACAGGCUGCUCCAGGGACAUGGGGCAGUGCUUCAGAUACAAUUUAAAUACUCUCAUUAUCGCUUUAUAAAUAAAGAGGAGCUUCUUGCUGAGCAA